AUGUGCACCAACAUAGUUUACGAGUGGCUGAAAGCGCUGCAGCUCCCGCAGUACGCGGAGUCCUUCGUGGAUAACGGCUACGAUGACCUGGAGGUGUGCAAGCAGAUCGGGGACCCGGACCUGGACGCCAUCGGGGUGCUGGCGCCCGCGCACCGCCGCCGCAUCCUGGAGGCCGUGCGCCGGCUGCGGGAGCAGGACGCCGCCGCCGCCGGCCUCUACUUCACGCUGGAGCCGCAGCCGCAGCCGCAGCCUCAGCCCGCGCCGCGCGGGCCGCCCGCGGCUGCCUUCUCCACCGGCCGCCGGGGGGAGCCGUACGGCGGCCCGGCCCAGGGCACCCGCGGGGACCCCCGCAGCCAGACGACCGCCCCCCGCGGCAGGGAGCUGGUGAGCUAUCCCAAGCUGAAGCUGAAGAUCAUGAUCAGGGAUAAGCUCGUCCGUGACAGCAUCCACCUGAGCAAGCCUCCCUACUCCCGCAAGGUCCCAUUGGCUGGCAUCCUAGAGUACUUAAUGAAUUGGCCGAAGUCAUCACAGAACCGCUAGAUAUCAUUUUUGAGAACUCGUGGAGGACUGAUGAGGUGCCUGAAGACUGGAAAAGGGCAUAUUUAGGACCUUCUUUCAAA